AUGUCGCAGUACGAAAAUGUCAUUAUGCUUCCGCAGACCAACCAGCUGAAGUGUCUGUACACGAUCAUCCGUGACAGAAACACACGCAGAGGAGAUUUUAUCUUCUACUCCGAUAGAAUCAUCCGGCUUCUGGUGGAAGAAGGUCUUAAUCAGCUGCCGGUCGAGCCCUGCCAGAUUCACACUCCCUUGGGAGUCGCGUACGACGGCCACAAAUUCCAGGGCAAGAUCUGCGGCGUCUCCAUUAUCAGAGCGGGAGAGAGCAUGGAGCAGGGUCUUAGAGACUGCUGUCGGUCUGUGAGAUUGGGCAAGAUUUUGAUUCAGAGAGACGAGGAAACGGCCACUCCGAAACUUUUCUACGUCAAGCUUCCAGAGGACAUUCCGGAGAGAUACGUGUUCUUGCUGGACCCGCUGCUUGCCACAGGUGGCUCUGCGUCGAUGGCUGUGGACGUGCUGCUGCAGAAAGGCGUGAAAGAGGAGCGGAUCCUGUUCCUGAACGUGCUGGCCAGUCCGGAGGGCAUCGAGGUGUUCAAGAAGAAAUUCCCGAAAAUCAAGGUCAUCACCGGAAUGAUUGACCAGGCUCUGGACGAGAAGAAGUUUGUUGUUCCUGGUCUGGGAGACUUCGGCGAUAGAUAUUACUACAACGGCUCGGGGACGAUCCGCGCCGGCUUUGCGGGCGACGAGAAGCCCAAGAUCAACCACUCGAACCUCGUCGGCCGCCCCAAGUACAACAAGAUCAUGCCGUCGGCCAUCUCGCAGACAGACACAUUUAUAGGGUCGCGCGCGCAGCAGCUCCGCGGGCUGCUGAAGCUCAAAUACCCGCUGGCAAACGGCAUUGUCGACGACUGGGAGUCUCUCGAGCUUGUGUGGAGCGACGUGGUGCAGCAACUGGAGGCCAAGACCAAUCAGCAUCCGCUCUUGGUGAGCGAGCAUCCGUUGAACCCCAGCAAGAACAGAGACCGGCUGGCGGAGCUUGUUUUCGAGACGUUCAAUUUUCCUGCGCUGUACGUGGCGAUGCCGGCAGUUUUGUCGCUGUACUCGUCGGGACGGACCACGGGGACGGUGCUGGACUCUGGCGACGGAGUCACGACGGUGGUGCCGAUCUACGACGGGUUCUCGGUUCCGGGCACUAUCAAGCGGCUCAACUUUGGCGGCAGAGACAUCACGCGGCUUGUGCAGGGCGAGCUGAUGAAGAGCGGGUACUUUCUCUCGACCUCGUCCGAGUUUGAGCUCGUGCGCAGUCUGAAGGAGCGGCUGUGUCACGUGAACCCGAAGCCGGCGGAGCAGCACGCCAAGGGGCCUGCUGCUGCCGAGGAGCGCAAGGAGUUCCCGCUGCCGGACGGCAAGAUGGUGCGGGUUGCCGGGCAGACGCUGUGGCAGCCGACGGAGCUGUACUUCCAGCCGGAGAAGUUUGGCGUCGAGGAGGUGCCGGUGCACCAGGCGGUGGUGAACUCUGUGCGGAAGACCAACUACGACCUGCGGCCGCAGCUUUUCGAGAACAUCAUUUUGGCGGGCGGGUCGACGAUGUUCCGGAACUACGGCGUGCGGCUGCUGGAGGAGAUGAAGCUCGAGGACCCUGAGUUGCGGCUCAAGAUAUACGCGUCGCCGGAGCGACGCGCGAGCUGUUUCGUCGGCGGGUCGAUCCUGGCGAGUCUGAGCGUGUUCAAGCAGAUGUGGGUGACGAAGGCGGAGUACGAGGAGAACCCGCAGCUGGUGCACCAAAACAGCGAAAAACGAUAG